UAAGUGAGGACUGUGCACUGGAAGUUCAUAGGACACUGCCAGGACUCCUGUUGCGUAACGCAUGGAUGCUUGUUUGCUGGGAGCACUCUAACAGCAGUUUUACAGCCUGUGCGCUGGAGGCAUGAGGGACAGGAAGUUCCGGGGUUAAACAUGCAACGUCACGUCGUUUUCCCGUUAGCUCACUAGGCUGCCCUUCCAAGGCGCCUGUGCGGGCUCGUUGGCCCAUCCCCCUCUCGCAAUUCUAUCACCCUCAGUAACAGUGAGCACUUAAGGGUCGAUAUGUCGUCCUCUCGGGGUGUGAACUGGUCGGAAGAGGAGGUGGAGGCGAUGAUACUGUCUGUGAUCAGCAGGGGGGUGGCGCCGAACCUGGUGGGUAGCGGGAAGGCUCCCAACAGGAAAAUAUACUCCGGCCUCAGCAAGGCCAUGGCAAGGAGGGGACACAACAGGAGCCCUACUCAGAUUCAAAACAAGUGGAAAGCGCUCAAAAAAGAGUACUUAAAGCUGAGAGCGGCCUGCGGUGGAGAACCAAGCGUCGCUGGGAGGCCAAAGCACUACUCCCUCAUGCGCGAGGCUUGGCUGAAGGCUGGUGGUCCCGAGCAGACAUCGGAAAUGAAGGGGGGAAUGUCUAGGGACACAGAGGGGGCUCUAACCACGGCAGGGCGCUCUGCAACAGAAACCACGACACGUGCAGUUGGCACUCAGACAGAGCCAUCGCUGGAUGCCAACUACAGGGAUCUGGAGCGCAGGCUGGCUGUGGUUGAGAAGUGGAUGAACAGGAGGAAGGGGGCCGCCAGGAGGCUCCUGGCAAAGCGGAGGGCUGCAGAGAAGGCAGGCAAACCACAUGGCGCGGCAUCCAGCGAAACAAGCACCAAACUUCCCUAACCCAUCUCCCGCGGCCCUCAGUUGUCUUAGCUGUAAAUGCAUUGCUUAAAUCACACAAUAAAGGCAAUUGCAAUUUUCACAAAUGCUUGUGCAUAUGGUUUAUUA